UGGCAGCAUUUCAUAGUGUGUCUUCCUCCCGCACAGGAAGAAAAUUGAGCGGGAGAAUUUGUGUUGUUGUUGUGAGCCAAACACAGUGACGGUCUCUAUGAAAGAUAUUAAUGCUUCCUGUGGGAUAUUAACAUUUUAAUAAUUCCCUUCUCUAUUGGUUUGAUCGUAAAACUAUCGUAAAUGUAACAGGAAUUCAUGAGCAUCGAGACUUUCAAAUUGUGUAACCAAAGAAGAGUGUAAUGUAAUCUGCGAAUGGCGGUCAGCUACUAGUCAUGGACAUGUUUAUAGAGAGACGAAGAACCGAACUAUCUGCGGGUUUGUGAGCUUCAUUUGCGGACACACAGUAUCUAUAACCCGGGGUGGACCUCAACACGAUGUCGCAGUUUGAAUCAUUUUCAGGUCAAAGCCAAAAAGAAACUGCAUUAUUACCAAAAACAGGAAAUAGCCCAUUCUGAACUCAGUGAUGUCUUCACCUUGCGUGGCAUUGACACUCUCUUCGAUGACAUUGAUGCUGACUCUGAGCUGGGUUUGCCUCUGCCUUCUCCCUUUCCCAAAAGCACUCUUGUAAAUGGUCAGAAGAAAAGCUCACGUUAUCCAGAAAAGAUGAAGGCAUCAUCUAAACAGGUACACAAGGAUACUUUGAUCCAAGAAAAUGGCAUUCAAGAGAAUGAAAUAAUCGAUAGAGAGACUCCAUUUAAAGAAAUUGUUCCCAUAAAGACAUCCAGUCCUAUUGCUUUGGCAAUGGAGAGGGAUGAAUCUGUGGAUGGAGUCAGACCUGUGGCUUAUCCUCUUCUCUUUGGAGUUGAGGAUGAGGAGCCCAUUGGUGGAGACUUCAGCAAGGUGUCCUGCACUCAGCAGUCAAAACCGGCGAAGGAAUCCCUCUAUGGGGAUAGCGGGUCUCUGGUAUCACCACCAGAAAGGCUUGAGUUUAGAAAAACUGCUAAAUCAAAUGCGGGUUCCUUAUCAAGCAUGAAGCUUGCAAAAAACACUACAACAUCAGUGGAAGCCACCCAGUCUUCACCUCCAGAAAUGAAGAAAGAUUUAACAAUGGAUAAAGAUCCUGGUCAGCUUUCUCCUGUUUUGGUUCGGAAGAGUGAACCAAAACUUCGGGAGGAAGAGCAAUGCAAAAAUCAAGUGAUGGAGGAUCAAGGGAAAGGAUUGUCUUUCCAGCAGAAGCCUAAAAAAGCCUUGAUGCCUAAAUCCCCAUGUUCCAGGAAACAAGCAGCAGUUCCAGCUCCUCCACCUGUAGAUUUAGAGGAGGACUUCAUCAUCCUGGACGAUGAGGCUCCUGUUCAUUUCAUCAUCCCUCGCAAGGCAGAGGUCAAGAACAAAAGACCUGUCCCAGCAGACACUGCAAAGGAGAAGGUUCUUACAGAGCCGCACUCGACAGAUCAGCUCUCGCAGAGUGAAGUGGAGAUGACUGAUCGGCAUGAGGCAGAUGCUAAAAGAAACAAAGCACAAAUCGAGUCUGGUAAACAAAAAAUGAAAGGAAAAUUUGGAAAAGCUUCAAAAAAGAGUGGCAAAGACUCUGUGACUCAUGAUGGUCGAGAGGAUGGAGCAGACCCUGUAACCGAAGCGCUGGAGGACAAUGAUUGUGAUCAGACCUCAUCUCAAACCAAACAGGGACACAAAGAAGUACAAGCAGAGACUCCAUUUAAAGAAAUUGUUCCCAUAAAGACAUCCAGUCCUAUUGCUUUGGCAAUGGAGAGGGAUGAAUCUGUGGAUGGAGUCAGACCUGUGGCUGAUCCUCUUCUCUUUGGAGUUGAGGAUGAGGAGCCCAUUGGUGGAGACUUCAGCAAGGAAGAGCAAUGCAAAAGUCAAGUGAUGGAGGAUCAAGGGAAAGGAUUGUCUUUCCAGCAGAAGCUUAAAAAAGCCUUGAUGCCUAAAUCCCCAUGUUCCAGGAAACAAGCAGCAGUUCCAGCUCCUCCACCUGUAGAUUUAGAGGAGGACUUCAUCAUCCUGGACGAUGAGGCUCCUGUUCAUUUCAUAAUCCCUCGCAAGGCAGAGGUCAAGAACAAAAGACCUGUCCCAGCAGACACUGCAAAGGAGAAGGUUCUUACAGAGCCGCACUCGACAGAUCAGCUCUCGCAGAGUGAAGUGGAGAUGACUGAUCGGCAUGAGGCAGAUGCUAAAAGAAACAAAGCACAAAUCGAGUCUGGUAAACAAAAAAUGAAAGGAAAAUUUGGAAAAGCUUCAAAAAAGAGUGGCAAAGACUCUGUGACUCAUGAUGGUCGAGAGGAUGGAGCAGACCCUGUAACCGAAGCGCUGGACGACAAUGAUUGUGAUCAGACCUCAUCUCAAACCAAACAGGGACACAAAGAAGUACAAGCAGUUACAGGAAAGAAACGGGCAAAAAGCAAGGCACCUGAGCCUGUUGAACUUUCUGACAAAGAUGAAACAGAUGCAGGGUGCAGCCAAGAAAUCCCAGCUCCUGUGUAUAGAACCACAAAGAAAUCCUCAAAAUCAUCUAAACAGGAGAGGCCAGGGUCAAAUGAGAAGAAGGAAUCCUAUAAAGUCACUUCUGCAGCAGCUCUUCACUCCACCAACUCAGUGAAAUCCAACAAAAAUAGAAAGAACAACAAAAAGGAGGAAACUGUCUCUAAGACAAAGAAACAAACUUCUAAAAAACAAAUAGAGUUGGAACAGAUAGAUCCUUCCCGUGAUGAGCAAGAGCAUGACCCUCCACCUGCCCUCGAAGAACAAGAGGAACAACAAAGAACAGCUGUAAAUAAACAAUCUUCCACCAAGGAUGCCAUGGGUCCAGGCAAAAAACUGAAGAGAAAAGAAACACAAAUGGGGGAACCAAAACCAAAGGAUCCACCAACAACUGCAUCUGACAUUUCGUCCGACAGUCCUCUGUGUUUCAAGAGGAAAAGGAAACCUCCAGGAGCAUGGUGGCUCACUAGCCCAAAUGAAAGUACCACGGAGCUUCAGCCAAAGCAGGCGUCGGGUGCAGCACAAGGGCCGAAAGCCAGUACAAAAACACCAACGAAGCAAGCAGCUGCUGUUGAUUCUGAAGAAACGCAGUCUCUCAGACCUGCCAAGGGAAAGCAGAAGAAAUCAAAGACUCACAAUGUGUUGGAUGAUGGGAAAAAGUUGAUAGCAGGUGGUGAUAGAUAUGAUACUGGAGCUGAGCAGAAGACCGCUAAGAAGACAGGUGGUCGAAGGAAACCAAAAUCAGCAGCUAUUCAGCCUCAAGUGGCAUCACCAGUUCAUGUGUCAGGAGAGGAAGUGGGAGCUUGUCCAAAUGAGAGUGCUGGGGAGAUUAGUCCAGAAUUCUGUAGUCCUAAGAGACGACACAAUGUCCUACCAGGUGAGAAGAGAGUGUUUGACCAGGUUUACUCAAGAGAUGUUGGAUCUUCACAGAAACCACCUUCCUCUUCUCUUAGAAGACCAGACAGUUCUGCAUCAGACAACUUUCUACAGAAAAGACAAAGAAAGGCUCCUUCCAAUUGGUGGGAGGUGCCACAGUCUCAGGAACCAGCCGAUGGACUUCCACCACCUCACAGUUCUCCUCCAAAAAAGUCCAAACUAUCAAACACUCCUCUUCGUGGUGCGUUUAAUAAGGAGGGAAAUUCAAUGAAAUUGCAAAAAACAAAAAAUCACACCAGGAACAUAAAAAGAAACAUAAUCAACACGCCAAAGUCAAUUAAACGAUCUUUAGCGUCAAUGAAUGCCAUUUUUGCUUCAGAAAAACCUGAAAAUAUGGUAAAAAGUGGACAAAGGUGCAGAAAACAGGGACGCAGAAACCUUCUUCACUCUCUUGAGGACCAGUCAGAUCACUCGAGUGAGAAUUUGGCCCAAAGUGAUGAUCAGCUGCAGGGAAACAGACGCUCCUCCUUUGGCUUCAUCAGUGGUAUUACCGUGCAGCCACCAGGGACCAGAAACAAAACGAGUGUACGAGUAUCCAGUGGACCCAACACUUUAUCUGAUGUUGAUGCUGCUUUCAGAAGUGGGCCUUCAUCAAUGCUUGAGCUUCAGCAACGUGAUGAAGAGGAUGAUGAUAUUGAUUUGCCGUCGUCUAGAGUGACACCCCAUGUGCGACAGGCUCCACGGGUGUUUGCGCACUGUGAUCUCUGUGGGCCUCCAUUGCAGCCUGUUGUCCUGGAAGAUGAGGACUGGAACAACCUGCAUGCGUGGUUCUCUCACUUGUGGCACCCAGCCUCGAAAAAUGGACGAGUUAUUAGUCCUGAUGACUUCCACUGGCACUCCCAUGGAGGCCGAGCAAUGGGUCACGCGGUUGACCUCCAGAGCUGCUCUUUUUCACACGGAAAGAUUCUUCUGGGGUCGUACAUGAAAAAACCCUCACAUGUGGACCAUGAUAUGGUUUCUGUAUUCAGCAUUAUCUCUAGUUGUGUGCGUGUUGAUAUUGAGGGUGUAAAGUCAGUCUACAAUUCUGGAGAGGUGUUUAUGAUACCAUCUGGACAAGCGUAUAGCAUCCUCAAUUUGUGUCAGGAACCCGCAGUGUUGAUUUACCACAGGACACAGUCAAAUGAUACGCCAACCUGAUUGACAUGAUGUGGCUUGCUUUGAUUUCUUUGAAAUAUUCAGCUGCAUAAUUUUUUUUAAAGAUAAAACUGUAGAUGAUUUUGUUUCAAAAAAUCAUACACGUAUAGUUGUCUUGUAAAGCUCAUAAAUGCUAGUUUUUGAGUAAAUAACUUCAAGAACAUGUCAGACUUGAAGAGACUGUAAAGCAUGAUUUUAUGAUGCUAUGUAAAAAGCUUUUCAAAACCGUGGUCUUAUUGAUAUAUGUGUACAUUUCUGUUGUUGUUUCCCUUCGGAAUGCAACUCUAGCUAGGUUUUGUGAACAAAUUUGUUGAGUGGUCAGCAGGGGUCAGCAGAUCCUUAUAUUGCUGUGCAUGUCCAACUUUGCCUCGCUCAGAAGUAGUGCUGUUUAUUUGAGGAAAAAGUGAAAUCUGUCCUUCAAUUUAUUAGUAACCACUUCAGUUUACAUCAGUCUAAUCUCAUGUACGUGAUUUCACUGCACUUGUGUUUGUAAUAUUAUUAUGAACUCUUCCUCUGCCCAGUUUGGCCAUGUAUUUAUGUAUAGACCUGAAAGAAAUGUUUUUGUUUGACUGUUGCUGUGUUUAAAGCUUUUGAUAAGUAAAUUAAAUAAAAAGGAAAUUCAAAUUUAAA